AUGAAGAGGCAUGCGACCACCAUUGACAACGACAUGGUGGGCGACAACGAUCGAGGCGAUGCAAUGGCGAGCGAGGCGCUUGCUACAGAGAACGUGCCCGUGAGCAACGACAAACAAGGAAAGACCAUCCCAGAUCUUCGACGCCUCGUCUCCUACGUUCCAGGCCUCUACAAAAUCUCCAACGAGAUCCUCGUCAACACCGUUGACAAUAAGCAGCGAGAUCCCUCCAUGGCAGCCCUCAAGGUCACCAUCAAUGCCAAACAGAACAUUGUAUUCGUCUUCAACAACGGCGAUGCCAUACCCGUCGAGAUCCCCAAACUCAUUUGCGGCCACUUGCUCACUAACAAUAACUAUGAUGACAACAUCAAGAAGACCACUGGUGGAUGCAAUGACUAUAGUGCGAAGCUCACCAACAUCUUCUCCACCAAGUUCAUAAUCAAAAUCGUCGACGAAAAGGGCAAGAAGAAGACACAAUUUUGUUUGAUAGGAACCUCUAAGGAAUCAUCCUCUUUUGCUCUUGUCAGCGUGAGAACUAACGCCAUUGGAUAUGACCUUUCACCUGAGAUCAAGUGCAGAAAAUUUGGUAUUCCCUGUUGGCCUCAUAGUAUACAAGGGAUUGCCAUUAGCUAUGUGUUUUCACAGGAGAAAGGUUUUAAUGAAAUUGUUUCCAAAGCAAUGGGGAGAGCUAUCAACAAAACCGUUACCAUCGUGGAGUUGAUCAAGAGGAGAAUUGUGGGCCUCCACCAGAAUACAACAAUUGGAUCCACUGAUAUCAUUGAUACUUGGGAGCCCCUAGAAGAAGGCCUCCUUCCUUUAGAGACAACGAGACAUGUGUCAAUGAUAACAAUAAUCCUCUCAAAGAAUGAACUUGAUACAUCUUCUGUGGGGUAAGUUGACUUUCUGUCCUUUAUACUAAUGGCAUCACCAAUAUUAUACUCUGACUCAGAGUUAGGGUUCCUAGUUUUAUUUAAGUCAUGCAGUAUCAAGAGAGUUUCAGCUUUGAAAAUAAGAUCAAAUCCCUGCUUCUGUACACGAAAAUAAGUUCUUUUAUAUGUAUUUAGAUUACCUAUACCUAUUACCUAUUAUAGUAAAUUAGUACUGUGAGUCCUGUGAUAUCUGAUAUGUUGGAGAAAGUUUUGUUUGAAUUGGAAGGAAUAUUGAAGUGAAGUGCACAAAUUAGAAUAUCAGUGAAAGUGUGAGGUUUGAUUACUUUAUCCAAAUGAUUUUCAUUUCCAUUUGGAUGAGAUUGGUAUUAAAUUUAUGUUGCUAAGGUUUUAGACAUGUAGAGAUAUUGUUAUUAAAAUGUUAGAAGGAUGAACAAUUAUAGGCUUUGUUUGCUAAUAUCAAUGCAGAGAUAUUGAUUUCUUUGUAAGUGCUUCUUUGCUUAGUGAUUCUGUGAUACAUCUUUUAUUGAAAUUUUUUUCAGGAAUAUUGAGAGUGAAAAAAGAAAAGCUCUAAAACUAUUUUUGUUUCCUUUUCAGUUUUUAUUUAUAUUUUAUUGAAACAUCUGUUAAUUAAAAAACCGCUAAUUCUUCAAAAUAAGUUCAAACAACUGGCCUUAUAAUUCCAUCUUUCUUAACAGGUAUGCAUUUGAUAUUGUUUCACAUUUGAUAAUGACAUGAAGAUGAUAUAUAUGAUUGUAGCAAAUCUUAAUUGUAAAAGAUAAACUCAAGUAGGGAAAAUAAAAGAAACUUUUGUUUGGGGAUAGGAAAUUAGAGAGUAUAUACCGACACAUGUACUUCUUUAGCAGGUUUCAAGAUUUUAGAUAUCAAAAUAGAGAAGCAAGUCAUAUUAUUAUUAUUAUUAUUAUGGUUAUAAUUUUUGAAUU